AUGACAUAAGAAAAAUGUCUUGCGGAAACAGAGGCACUGGGAAAAGAUAGUGCCAGCAAAGAAGAACAAAAGAAAACAGGAAAGAGAGAGAAGAAGAGCACAACGUACAGAAAAUGCAGGUGUGAGCCCUCAGCAGAGCAAGCGGGUUCUGAAAGCCAUGACUAGAGAGAGACUUUUGGCAGCCAAGAAUUCAGGACCCAAACUUUGCAUAGACUUGAGUAUGACCCCUUGCAUUUUCAGAUAGAUACAACAGAAGAAGACUGUUUUCAUUUAUUUCCUUGGAAAAGCCUUGUGUACCUAACGCCUGAUUCAGAGCAUGCCCUUGAAGACGUGGAUCUUGAUAAGGUUUAUAUCAUUGGCGGACGUGAUGAAAGCAUUCAAAAGAAGCUGACGUUUCAGAAGGCUCAAGAACACUCAAUCCAGACUGCACGCCUGCCAAUCCAGGAAUACAUGGUUAAAAAUGCCAAUGCCAAGAACUACCAUUCAGAGAUACUGGCAAUCAAUCAAGUGUUUGAUAUCCUGUUGACAUAUGUGGAGACUCGAAAUUGGCCUGAAGCACUGAAAACAGGUUCUCUUGGAAAAGGUUAUGUUAUUCCAAAUACAAUGGAAUAAGAGAUAGGUAUAUCUUUUAUAGAUGAUGUCCAGAGGUGUUUCUUUUCUUCUGUUGUAAUGGCUGGGGAGGGAUUAUUUAAACCAGCUGUAUUGUCAGUAAAGGGUGGUCUGAAUUUUUUACUUUUAUAGUUAAAAGUGAGCUACUCUACUUCAAAAGUAUUUCUUAUACUUCAGAUAUUGAAGGCAUGGACUUUUCUGUUUUUUGUAUCUUCAGGGCUGAACAUCGUCCCUUGGGCAUUAAUAAAUGCUUGUCAAAUUAAUAAAUGCUUGUCAAAUUCCAAAAGACUCAUGCUUAAAAAUUCUGUCCACAUGC